ACAUAGUUUUUGUUAAAAGUUAAUAUUUCAUGCUUUUUAUUUUGUCGGAAUCAAAUGCGUUUGUGAUGGUCAUAAAAGUUAGUACGUAGUAUUUUCCAUAAAAAAUUGGGUAGUUAGUAAUAUUUUUAUUGACACCAUUUCCUUAUUUUAUUAUAAAGAUGUUAUAAAGUAUGAUAAUUCAAAAAUUAAAUAUUUGGUAAGUAAAAUAUCAGCUACGUUAAAAUGGCUAACGACUCUGCAGUGGAACAACAAUGUAAAAGUCAUACAAUAUUAGGUAAAAUUAAUGCUCAUUCUACUGAAGAUGUGUCAAAGGCCCCAGAAAUAACUGAUUUCACCAUUGUUAAGCCUAUUAGCCGCGGUGCCUUUGGUAAAGUAUUCCUAGCUCACAAGAAGACAAAUAAAGAUCAGCUAUUCGCUAUUAAAGUAAUGAAGAAGUCGGAUAUGAUAAACAAAAAUAUGGUAGCUCAAGUUGUAACUGAGAGGAAUGCCUUAGCUUUAUCAAGGAGUCCUUUUUGUGUGCAUCUAUUUUAUUCACUGCAGUCAGCAUCUUCAAUUUAUCUGGUGAUGGAAUACAUGAUUGGUGGUGAUCUAAAAUCUCUGCUCGGUGUAUGUGGGUUCAUGGAGGAGGCCAUGGCAGUGUUCUAUGUGGCUGAAGUCACACUGGCGUUGGACUAUUUACACAAACACAACAUAGUGCACAGAGAUUUGAAGCCAGAUAACAUGCUGAUAUCUCACUCUGGUCAUGUGAAGCUUACAGAUUUUGGACUUUCUAAAAUUGAAAUACACAGAGAUUUGGAAAUAUCAGACUUUGUGGCUCACACCCCCAGUCUGAACAUGCGUACGCCAGGGCAGCUGUUGUCACUCACCUCGCACCUGUCCUUUGGGUCUGGUGGUGGUGACCCCCACAACUCAGUCAGCGAAACCUGUGAGAACCUUCUUGAUGAACUUAGAGAUUCCACUAAAAAGAAGAAUAUGUUGGAUGGUUUGGAGAAUUCACCAAUAUUGGACCAUUCACAACUGUCAGGAAUUCAUCCAUUUAUGAGUGCAGAGAGCAUUACAUUGGAGGAAAAUGCUACACAUUCAGGAUCUUUAAGUUCGUAUCAUACCUGCGAAAGUUCUAAGAAUAGUAAUAAUUCUAAGAGCAAUAAGUCAACUGAUGUGAGCAGCAACAAUGGUUCAAGUGAUUCUACUCUGUUCAGUGACUCGCAACAUGAUGAGUCUACUUCUCCGCUCUGUAGAGGACAUUCACUUAAAAGGAUACCAAGUUUUCGUGCCAAAAAAAGGAAGAGAAUUCUCGACUGCGACGGAGAUACGCCCACAGGAGUGACCAGCCUGGCCGAGUCCAAGGAGAACCACAGUGGACUCACACAGGAAAUCAUGGCGCUGGAGUUGGAGAAGAGUCAAAACACACCGAAACGUAUCAAUAUUCAUCCUACACCUGAGAGACGGAAAAAUCCAAUCAAAGGUGUACUAAAGAAAAGAUGGGCGUCACAAAACGACAGUCAUCACUUCAAUGUCGGCGUAAUAUUCUCCACCCCCGUGUCAGCUAACAAGACGAUGGAGACCAAGAAGAAGGCGACAAGAUUUAAUCUGCCAGUAGACGAAUCGCUGUCGAGUGUUAAAGAAAAGUCGUUCACAUUCGGAAAACAUAUCUCCACAAGCUUAGAAAUAUUUCCGAUGCGGAGAUUGAGUAAGGGCGAGGGAAGUAUCGAGCAAGCAACAGAUCUGUGUAAAACGCCGCUAGCUAAUCCUCAUACACCGUAUCGUACGCCGAAAAGCGUGAGGCGAGGCAACCAGGUGUCAGACCAGCGUAUACUCGGCACGCCAGACUAUCUUGCUCCAGAGCUGCUGUUAAAGCAGGGCCACGGUCCCCCGGUAGACUGGUGGGCGCUGGGCGUGUGCCUGUACGAGUUCAUGACCGGAGUGCCGCCUUUCAACGACGAAACGCCGCAGGCUGUGUUCAAGAACAUAUUGUCCAGAAAUCUAGAAUGGCCCGAGGACGACGAGGCAUUAUCCCCCGAAGCAGUGAGCGCUAUAGAAGCCCUACUAACUAUGGAGCCGGAGGGCCGGCCCACCGCGCCCACCGUCCGCGCCAUGCCGCUCUUCCGACACGUGGACUGGGACAACCAGCUCAACAUGGAACCGCCGUUUGUACCCGCGCCAGACGAUGUACACGAUACGGGAUACUUUCAAGCCCGCAACAUUCUCCAGCAUCUACACGUAUCGAACUUCGACAUGUAACGCCUAGACUAGUCCAUGUGAGUGCCCUAGUAUUGUGGUAGUAGCUUGUAGCCAAAUAUAUUAUGAGAUUAUCGUAUAUUCCAAUAUCUGCAUCAUGAAUGUGUUCAUUGUGAUUUAAUUGUGAAAUAUAUUUAGAUACUGUUGA